UCCCCUCCUCUAUAACCCAGAACCUUCCCUCUCAUUCCUCCUCAAACACAAACCCCCCCUGUCUCUCCAGUUUCCACAACACAACUUCAUUCUCUCUCUCUCUCUGUGAAACAUCAAAUGGUACUAAUGGAUAGUAGCAACAACGAUAUGACGGAACACGAGCCAGCACGGCCUUACACAACAACAGAGGGCUAUGCACUAACUGGCAAAGUCAUGCUCAGCGCAAUUCUAAUUCUGUUCGCUGUAGUCAUCUUUCUCAUCUGCCUCCACAUCUACGCCCGCUUCUACCUCCUCCGCUCGCGGCGUCGCCAACUCCGCCGCCGCAACCACCUCAUCUUCACCCUCGAACCCAACUCCCUCACCGUCACAUCCGCCUCUCGCGGCCUCGACGCCCAUAUCCUAAGCUCCCUCCCCGUCUUCGUCUACUCCGCCGAGACCCACCCCGAAUCGCUAGAAUGCGCCGUGUGCUUAUCCGAAUUCCAAGAGAACGAGAAAGGCCGUCUCUUACCCAAAUGCAACCACAGCUUCCACAUCGAUUGCAUCGACAUGUGGUUUCACUCCCACUCCACUUGUCCGCUCUGCCGAUCUCCGGCCGACCCGCCGCCGGAAAACAAACCCGACGUGGUUGUUUCUGUGGGUGAUGAUGAACCAGCUGAGAUCGAACCCGGUUCGAGUUCUGGGUUCUGCCCCAUGUGCAACCACGAAGAAGGUGAGGCCAUGGGUUCGUCGUCAACGCCGUUGGGUGAUCGCAGGAAGGUAGUGGGAGUGGCGAUAGAGGUGCCGAGGAGGACCGAGGAGGAGAACCAGUUAGAACUGAGUUCGCCUGCGAGUCGGGGGUGGAAGUCGCCGGCGACUCGUUUACUGUCGCUGAAGAGGAUAAUCAGCAUGAACAGAAAAAGUUCGGCAGUUUCGCCGUCGUCGAUUGUCGGAACGAGUGAGGACAUCGAGUGCGGUGGAAGGGAUGAGUUAACUCAGCAGCGAUCACGGGUUCAGACACCGAGGUGAGAUAGAUAGAUAAGAGAGAAAAUAUUUGACUAUUCAAACCUUUUUACAGUCGCAGUCACUCGACGGCUUGAAACAACGUUGAGUCGUGUUAAAAGUGUAAACAUUCUGCCGACUUUGUCUCAGUGAGGAUCCCGUGAUGCGUACACGUGACAGUUUCUAAAGCAGCCCUUGUCGUAGAUUAGUACACGUGGCAUGUAACUGGAGAGCGGGUAGUUUGCAAGUUUCUAGCUUUCGUGGGCGGCCAAUCAUCUCUUUUGCCACGAUUGUUGUUUGUCAAGUUGGAUGAAGUUGUUAAUGGAAAAAUAAUUAAUUAACAGAUUGUUAAUGAAAA